AUGCCCCAAACGUCAAGAUAUUGCAAUCUUGCACGUGCUUCCAAUGAUCAAUAUUUUAUCUGUAACCCAACUACCAGGAAGUUCAAGAUGCUCUGUUUUCCUAGUCCUCAGGGUUAUCAUCAUGUUGUUGUUAAUCUAGCUUUUGAUCCUCUUAAAUCACCUCAUUACAAGAUUUUUUCUGUUUGGCUUCGGGAAAUAAAGCUGUUAUUGGUUAGAAACCAAAUGAACCCGAAGUUUUCUAUUGACAUAUAUUCUGACCAUGGAGAAUCACAGUAUCUGGAUGUGGAGAAUGAAUGCGUGAAAACAAUGCCUAUGCCGAUCGUAAACAAUGUGGGAUGUCGAUAUUCUGGGGAGUCUGGGUGCCAUUUGAACCUUACCGUAGCAUUCAAGCCAGGUCUUUUAACGUUUAGUGUUUAUGCGAUGUUGGGGGUUUAUUCAGACUGGUACUUGGAGUACAGCUUAAACCUUGAAGCUGAAAUGCAGACCCUGAUCUCCAGGCAAUGUUUAUGGUCAGAUCAUGUGUUUUGUGGAGUAUAUCUUCUGUUUUGCACAAUUCAAUCUGAGGAAGAAGGGGACUCAAUGUUUGCAGUGUUUCCACACGCAAAAACAAUAUCUUAUAACUUCAAGAAUGGCACAUUGAAAGCGCUACAGCUUCAGUGUCUCAUUACAGGCAGACAUGCACUCAAUUGUAGCUUUAGUUUUGAUGAUGCACUCUCGAUUUGCUUUUCCCGGUCAGGCCGAGCUCGAGUAACACCCUACUUCCGUAGUUCGUCACCUUACUCUAGUUAG